GAAAUAUCUAUCCAAAAACGUACACAUUCCACGUGCGCAUAAGCGUCAGAAACUACUUUUUACAGUGCCCAUGAUUCUGACGCGGAACACUUGAAUUGUAAGAUUACCCGCUGGUUUUGGAAGCGGCUGAACUAUUUAAGUCUACUUUUGAUCACAAGGUUAUCUUAAUCUGAAGCUAGUGUUAUUGCUAAUUGUUGUCAGUUGCUUUCCGUGAUAAAUGUAAGUGCAUUAUAUGCGCUAGCUAGGCGCUCAUUUAAGAAAGAUUUACUACUUAUUCAGAAUUUAGUGCAUUCGUUAUUGUCGUGAAAAAUGUCCAGUACUGCUUUAACUGCGAUUUCUGUGGCCGUAGGAGUAUUUUUCGUAUUCUUUGGGACGUUAAAGCUUGGUCCAUUAUUUUCUGAUGAGCUUUAUCGCAGUGUGAGAAAAAACUUCAUUAGGAUGUUCAAGACGUUUCCGUUUAGUUCGUUUACUGGUUGGAAUCCGAAUCCUCAUGUAAUUAGACGAGUUUAUGGAACGACUGAAGUUGUCGGUGGUAUUGUACUUGCAGCUUGUUCUGGGACUGCACAGGAUGUUAGCAAUGUUAUACUGCUUAGUCUUAUGCUAUUCCAUCUAUUUAGUAUAUGGCGCGUAGCAGAUGGACUAAAAGAAGCUUCUAAUCUCAUUGUUUUAUGUUUGAUGCUAACAUGCAGGUUUAUUAUACGGAUUCAACUUAUUCAAAAGAAUGAAGAGAUGACGGAAAAUAAUGAAUAUCUUAAGAAUGAUAUAAGAAGACGUAUUGUUCUCCUACAAGAGGAAUUGCAGAAAAUGAACACUUUUAAUAAUAAUAAUAAUAAUAAUAAUAAUAAUAAUAAUAAUAAUAAUAAUAAUAACAGCAAUACCAAUAAAACAGAAAACGACACACACAAAGUAGAAUGAAGUUUAUAUAUUCCAGUUGAAUAAAUCAUGACUUUUUCUCAUUGUAAAGGAUAAUGUCAAUGCAUUUAUUUUGUUGUCCUUUCAUCAAUGUUUUAUUUGUAAUUUAAUUUAAUGCUUCGAUUGUUUUUCUAUGUUAGCCAUAUAUAUAAUCUGAAUGAACUUACAUUUUCAAUAAGCUGAAUACGUAAUCUGUCAAGCAAACACGCGAACUUUUGUAUAAACUUCAUUUUACGGGAAUUUACUCCUCUCUCCUAAUCGUAACGAUACAGCUGCCCCAUCUCCGUUUCCGUUAUUACAAAUAUUUCUUGAACUCAAAAAUAUGAGACUGGCUUCGUCUUCUAACGUUAUUCUAGAAUUAUAUCCACAAAUGGUCCAUCUAAAUUGAGUUCACCACUAAUCAGUCGACUGCUGUAAAACAAAAGAGACUCCACAUGUUUGAUGUUUCGAAAAACAAAGCUGACCAGUCACCCUGAUCGUGUACCAUCCAUUACUGAAACUUGAA